UGACAUUGAAUUGUGUUCGCGUUCGUUCGCUUUGCAUUGGGUCUAUCAAUCAGCCGACAGUGUUGUUCUUGAACAUGAAGCAAGCAUCAAUCAUAUAUCUGGUCGUUCUCCUUGUCUUUCUUUCCUCAGACUUAGUGACCAACAAAGUCGACGGUACGUGUAAUAUAAGCAUAACCAUUCAAGGUGGGCCAGUUAUCCUAGUCAAUGAAGGCCAAACAACAUUUCCAGUUACCUUUUUAAGAACAGGAAACUCCACAGCGGUCACCGUAAAUGCAAGAACUAACUCUGGCACAGCAAAGGAAGGUUCUGACUUCAACUCGUCCACCGAGACCAUACCGUUUGCUUUAAAUGUCAAUAAUGUUACGGUCACCUUCACAAUAUUGAACAACAUGAAGUUGGAGAAUCACAAUGAAAGUUUUUUUAUCAAUGUCACAAGCUCCGAUCCAAGUGUGUGUACUGACAGCGUGAUUAUUCAAAUAAAAGAUGACGACAAAGUUACGAUUGGUUUUCACGAUGAGUUCAUUCCUGUCAGAGAAAAUAUUGGAAAUGUUACCAUGAAAUUUUUCAAAAGUCCAACUGGAAGUACAGAGAUAUCAUUGACCGCAAGAAUGACCAUGAACGUAGAAUACAACACAGCAAUAAAGAAUGUAGAUUAUGAAGAACCCCGUGACAAAAUCAUCACUUUUCCAAAAGACGUUUCUGAGAUGAUAUUUAACGUUACGAUCAAGAACGAUGAUGACUUUGAAAGUACUGAAUCCUUUUUCGUUGGUAUCGAGGUUGUUGAUUCCAGCACCACUGCCAUUGGCACUAAAGGUGUAUCUAUUAUACGUAUCACAGAUAGAAUUGAUAAUGAAAUUCAUCAAGAACGACAAAGGCAAAUAGAAGAAGAGCAAAAACGCCGUGCACUUUCUCUGACUUACCUACUCUACGUCAUCGUGGCAGUGCUCAUCGUGAUGAUCAUCAUCUUCAUCGUCCUGAUUGUCAUGCUUAUAAAAAAGAUGAGAAAAUUCAACAAAGACAGAACUUAGUAAUUGGGAUGUCGACCACCAAACAACACAGAACAUAAUGUAUAAUGUAUACCUUAAAAAAAAAAAAAAAAUGACGGAGCUAAAGGCGAUAGGGGAUAGGCGCGAUUGACAAUCAGCAAAGGAGAUGGGUCAUUGGAAGACCCAAGAGUAGCUCGAAUGAUUGUUAUUAUUAUUCUUGUCAUGAACACAGGUUAGUUUUGAGAUAUUCAGGGUUUGUUUUGGUUUAGGCGUAUGCUCAUAAUUGAUUUUGGUCAUGGAAUGACCUAUCGCCUAUCGCCUAUCGCCUGUCUCCUAAUGCUCCAACAACCUUUUUAAAAAAUAGGGGUAAUUCCUAAUGUUAAGACUUUGAAACGUUUGCGCAUGCGUGAAUCUCAAAUAGAUCAAUGAUGAUUUCAUAAACGAUUAUGAGCGCAAAUGAUAUAUCCUUUUUUUAUCAAGCAAAUACGAGCGAAGCAGCUACGAUUACUUAUAAUUAGUAUUAGAUAACGUAUUUUCUAACUAUGACGCUAAGGUAUCGUAAAUGUCCCGGAAUUAUCACCGUCAUAUUCCAUAUCAAUACUGUCAUUUCGAGUUCGCCUUUGCUUAGUYUUUUUUGCCUCGAUUGUACAAAUGUGUUAGUUUCUUUUAUUAAGGUCCAUUGUAUAGUAUCCUAUUCGCAUCAUUCCCUUUCACGCUCGUUAAAUUAGAAUGGGAUAAAUGCAACCGUGAUUAGUCAAGGGAGCAGAAAAUAAGUCUAUGAUGGUGAUGGGAGGGAGAAAAGACUGAACACAGCUGCUGGUCGGAGAAGGCGAGCGCGAGAGGGUAAGCUGGCUAAAGGAAUGGAAAGCCAUCAAUACUGCAAUAGCCWGAACGAGUUUCAUACGAAACUGCGCGCGGUGGAUCUGAUGGGAGCGAUGUAAUUUAUACUUGCUCUGUAAGGGACUGGUACGAAUAGUAAGGAAUGUCUGCACUACGGAACAAUACGAGUUGAUUAAAAUGCUACGAGUUUUGGUUGAAUAGCUGAAUAUUAUACCACACAAACGGAACUAAGGCUGAGCAAAUAGAACUCGAAACUGGAGUAUCUCUGUAAUAGAUGGUUUUAUUAGGCUGGCCACAAGCAUGCACACACCUUUCCCUCUUGUAUCCUUAGCAACAAUUGCAAGAAAACAAAAACGUUUACGACAUAGACUAUUAACUAUAUAUGCACAUGUCACGCCACCCACGAAUUCCCAUGAUUCAUUGCAAAAGUUAAAAUAUUUACUUGUUUCCAGGUUUACAAUUUUAAAGCAUUUUGUCAAUUGAAUAUUAUAGCAACCUCGUAAACUAUUUAACCUGCAAUUAUUUAUAUUAUUAUUAUUCCAAUCUAUAGAGAUUAUGCACCAUCGCGUGCUUGGGCUGCCUGUUGUUAGAUGGCAGAACAAUAAAAUCCCUGUGCUCUCGGGAAUUGAAUUCUUUCUCAUAUAAAACGAUUGUAUAGUUCCUGCCAUCUAACAUGGCUGCCGUCACGUGAUGUUGCAAAACCUCUAUUUGUAAUCACGGGAUUUGAAUAUCCCAUAUUUAAUAUUGAGUAUUAGAUACGAAAAUCUUGUGUUCAUCAAGUAUUAUAUGGGUGUUCAAAAAGGUUAGUCCCAAAAAUAACGAACACUGCAUUUUGGUAUUGAGUGGGGAGUAUAAUUUGUUCAACAUGCCUUACACAGUGGAGCUUGUACCCAAGCUAUACCACAAUGCAUCUUGUUCAUCGAACUCAGACAAGGCCCAUGGAUACCACUCCAUCUUAUGUACUAUGUUCUAUUUGUAUAAUAUAAUUAUCUACAAUUAAAAAAAAACUUCAUGUGA